GGAUUUUGCUAUAAACAUCCUCGUGUUGUUAUUCUGCUGCUGAUUUGUCUAUCCAGUUACUUAGAUUCUUGGACUUUGGAGGUCAUGUGCUGCUGUUGUUGUUUGGCCUGCUGUUUUUUCGACUUGUAUGUUCCAUUGAUGCCACUCUGCCGUUGCCCUGUUGAACCGUGGUUUCAGUUUCAGGGCUGCACCUGCACUGCACGGGUGACCCAUCCCCUACCCUUGAGGUUCUCAAGCUGCUGUCAUCGCCAUCAUCCCGCCAGGCGCAGGCCAGCCGGCCAGGAGACCCGUCGUUUGCUUUCCACUUGCCCUGCACGGCAACGUUGGACGCCGUGGAGUGUUCGGGGAAACUUCUUCGAUGAUCCGUGGGGGUUGUUGGAGCGGAGGCAUGGACUCGCCCCAUCUGCUGCUCCUAUCCACUGCCCUGUCCAACGAGGAGGAAAUGGCGACAACGAAGUACAGAGUAUCUAUUUUGGUUGAAGUACAUAGGUCUUCCAUCUUCUUGCUAUCAACAUUGUUUUCUGAAACACAGUGCACGAAAGUUUGGACCAUUAGGCACUGGGAUUAACAAAGUUACCACAUGUACUUUCAUUGUUGUCUGUAGCAAAUAGCCACAUCAGUGAGAUUGAGAUGGACCAGACGUUAAGCCUGGUGGUCAUCUGACGCUACCGGCAUUCCGGUUGGCUGAUUGCAUCGGCACGGUACUAAACAGAAGCACGAUGGGCGCCACACGCGCACACUCGCCCUCACCGGAUCACGCGCACGGAGCGGCAACGAACAGGACAGACGAGUCACGAGUGGACUCCGGACUUGGGGGACGACUCGAGAGGCCCAUACAACAUCCAACAGGUGUCCGGAAGUCAUUUUCCCCUUUUCCUUUUGGCCCUCACGACCGCAGAGGAAAAACGCGCGAGUAUUCCUCCCCGGCCAACGCUGCCCCGUGUAUAAAUAAACCCACAGCGAGCUUAGCCGUAAGCGCAUUUCAAAGUGUCCCACUUGCAGCAGGACGCGUCAUCGUCUCUUCCUCCUCUGCUCCCCCACCGGCCGCGUUUCCCCCGAUCUCUGCUUCUCGAGCUCCGGCAAUGUCGCUCUCUCGGCCUCGUCGGGGCAGGGAGGAGGAGGAGGAGGUGGAGGAGGAGCAGGGCGGUGGCCCUGCUGGUGGUGAGGGGUCAACGCCGGCGAAGCGACCACGGUGCUCCUGCCCCUGCUGCUUCCGCCACCAGUGUUCAAAAGAUUUCUACGAGGGCCAGAUUGACAUCCUCAAGAAGGAAAUGCAAUGUAUGUCAAAGGGCUUUAUCGAGGAGCGCAAAGUCUUCCAGAGGGAGAUGCAAGAAUUUUACCAGAAUUCCCAACUGCAGCUCCAGGAACAGAUCAGUGAGCAAAAUAGGAGUAUGGAACUGAUCCGGGAACAGCUCAACACCUUGAUUUCGGAUAUACGUACACCUGGAGACCAUGUUCCAGAAAACAGUAAUCUUAGGACCUUGCCUCAUCAAAGGAAAGUUAGAACAUGUCGGUUGAAAUUUGAGAGCAAGUGCUGCGAGGACAAGUACUCGGGACAUGUCAUAACUGCAGAUGAUGGUAACCCUAUUACAGUAGCUAUAUACGAUCAUGACAAUAAGAUCAUCAGAAAUGGACCCUUAUCCUCACUUCAAGUUAAGAUUGUUGUCUUGGACGGUGAGUUUAACAAGGAAAAUAAAGAGCAAUGGAGUAGAGAGUCCUUCCUUAAUAACAUCAGAGUAUAUGGCCGGACUGGGAAACCACCUUUGCUUGCUAGUGAACUGUAUGUAAGGCUUGAAAAUGGUGUGGCUAACCUCUGUGGUAUAAAAUUCCAAGACAAUGUUCCAAGCAGGAAGUUCAGGUUGGGAGUCAUGGAAGCUGAUGAUAGGAUAUCGGAAACAAUACUGGAAGGAAUAUCUGAACCUUUUACCAUAAAGUCAGGUCGCGGUUUCUCAUAUAGGAAGGAUCCUCAUCCGUCUCUAAGUGACCCAAUAUAUAAGCUGCACAAAAUUCAGGAAAAUGGCGACAGGCACAGGCUACUAGAGAAGAUGCAUAUAAAUCAGGCUUGUAAAAAUAUCUCAGACCAUGAUUGGAACACCAUUGUUAAUCAUGCUCUGAGUUGCAAACCAGGACAUAGACAUUAUUCAUAUCACAUUCCUGCGAAGGAUGCUACAAUGUUCUUCAAUUCUCUUUAUAAAAUUGUCGGUGCAGAAUUCAAUGGUAAAUACACUUCUUAUGAGGAACUUAAUGAUACUCAGAAGGGUUUAGUGGAAGUGUCCAAGAAGAAAGCAUAUGACAAUUUGAAACUUGUUCAGUAUGAAGGAAAAAAUUCAGUUCAUGAACAUCAGGUGAUAUUUGGAGAUAAGGGAAACAAUUACCUGCCGGGAUUAAGUUCAAUGCCACAAUCUCCUUCACCACUGACAAGGUUUCAUGAUGGCAUUUCUCCACAUGGCGAGGUUUCGGAGAGCGCUCCAGCACAGGAGAGCCCCCGCCCUCGUCAACGUUGGGCGAAAAUCGUGACUGUGGUCACCACUCUUCGUUUCUUGAACAAGAAGCCCCAGGCGUGUCCCGGAGAAGUGUCCCCAACCCCAACCCCAACCCCAGAAACUGGCUUUGGGAUGACAUACCUGUCCGAUAAUUUAAUGUUGGGGGCAGACAUAGAAAUGGGCCCAAUUCCUCUGAUAGAAAGUAGCCCUUGGAUGACUGAAUGGCCGUUAAAUUUCUAUGAGUGGGAGUAACAUGUCCUAAGCUAGGCUCCUCAAGCUUUUAUAGUUUCUACUUUCUCAGUGAAACUUUCGUAGGGACUCCAGGAUUUGGUUGAGAUGAAUGUUUGCUACCCUAAGUUAAUGUUGUUGCUGUUUAUUUCUAAAUGACGUCUUCACUGUUGCUCGGACAGGAUGAGGCUGCUGGUUGUCCUCUUAAAUUUGUUAGCUGCGGGCUUACUUUACAGACGUCAAACACUGCUAGCUUAUUUGUGUAUGGACUAUGGACUUAUGGAGAUCUUGCAGCAUGCUGGCUA